AUGCCGGAUAUACAAACAAGGUUAGUGUUGCCAAUGAUGACGAUGACGACAAGCGUCAACCAGUCAAUGACGAGUCGAAUCGUCCAAAGACCCGAAUUAUCGCGUUCCUUCGUACAUACUACUUUGUACAUUAUACGCGGCGAUUACGACGACGACGACGACGACGACGACGACGUUCAGUACGGAUCAACAUUACGAACGAGCAGGGAAAGAAAUUACGAAGGUGGAAAAUUCACGUCGAGAAUAGAAGUGAAAUUACAAGACGGAAAGAAACGUAGAAAUUAUAAAGUUGGACGGACGAAUGCGAGGGUCUUCCUUAUUGUCCAACGAGGAAAGCCGUCUUCACCGCUCGACAACGAUGUUAAUACUACUAUUGUUGUCCCUGCUGGUCGAUAUACCCGGUCUUGCAAAUGGUUCUUGCGAGUUUCCAAUUGCAUGGACCGGAGAGUGGUAUCAAUAUGGAAAACUAUCGUCGAUUACCGUAAACGCAACGGUUUUGGGCGAAAGGACGUGCGUGGAGCGAUCGGAGCAGUCGUACAUUGUCUAUUUAACUCGAAGAUAGUCAAUUUCGAGCUCGAAGGCGACAUAUCGAUCCUCGCAAUGGCUGAUUUCAGCGGUGACAGUUGCUACUACUGCAUAAUCGUCAACGAUCGACACGAGAAUGUGAUUCAAUUUCGCGAAGGAUGGUGUUCGCCGGAACAAAUCAGCUUGGACGAAAUGUGCUCCAACAUCAAGUCCGACGAUACUUUGUAUUCCAUGUUUCGUGUAAAUUCCAAGCCGAUACCGUGUCCUUUUAGCGGAGCAUCGUUCACGUUCACCUACGACAAGGGUUUCGGCGAGUGUGCAACGCCCAUCAGUCUCGGGGAGAAGUGUACCGACGAAAGUAAAUUGCUGCUGAAAUAUCAGGCUUGCCCCGACAUAGAGCGGAGCGAAAGUAACAGUAAGUAA